UGUCUCGAACAAAGUAUCGGUACGAAUAACAAUAAACAAUUGAUUCACAUACUUAUCCAUCGGUUGCCAUCAACUACGCAACGAAACACGCCACCCAACCAACCGUACCACAAACCGACCGUGGCCUAGAAACACAAAAGGCGAGCACCGCACCCGCGGGCAAGACAAGACAAGGCAAGUCAAGACAAGACAAGACAAGACAACGCAAAGCAAAGCACGACACCGAGACAUGGCGGGAAGGCUUUCCCCCACGGCAGAGCCCCCCAGGCGGCGCAAGACCCGGGACGCCCAACCCGGAGGCAAGCCGGCCCGGGCCGCCCCGGACUCGAUCGAGGCCGCCCUGGACCACGCGGAGGCCGCCCUCGCGGAGAGCGGCCGCCGCCUCGGGGAGCUCCACCGGUCCUGGAGGAACCAGCUGCUGCGGAUGGGCCUGGUGGUCCUGGUCCUCCUGGCCCGGAAGCUGGGGGCCUCCCUCGCACCGGGAGCACCACUGCGUGUUUCCGCGGCCGGUUCGGCCACGGAGCUCCUGUCCGUGCUGUGCGGCCUGUGCCUGGUCCGGCUCUCGUGGGCCCCGGCGGGAAAGGCCGGGCCGGCCCUCUGGGGGGCCCUGUCCCUCGCGCCGGCGAUCGCCGCAACAUACCACCGGGGCGGCGGCGGAAGCGCCCCCCGGUCCUUUCCGGUGGUCCUCAUCUUCGAGGCGGUCGUCCUCGGAUCCCUCUUCUGGAUGGGGCACCAGGACCGGCAGCAGGAGGACGGCCUGCGGAGGAUCGAGAAGCUGAGAGAGAAUCUGCGGGCGAGCAAGCAGAAACAAUGACAAAGGCGGACGACGGCUACCAUGCUACGGC